ACCCAAAAGUCAACCACAUCACUCCUCUCAACAUCAAAUCUGACCCCCCCCCUCCCCCUACUCCCCUUUCCCCCCACCCUGUCUCACAGGUCUUGUCUCAAUCACCGGCGUCUCCAUCCACUUUCCCAGUUUCGAGAAAUUCUCGCUCCGAUUUGCGAGCGUGAGUGUGUGCGUGGUCGUGCACCGGCGUGGUUCAUAAAUUCCUUCAACAACCGAAGAGAGGAAUACAGCGAACGCGAGAGAGAGAGGAGAGGAAGGAGAUGGACGUGCGUCCGAGGAGAGGCGGAGAGAUGAGCUCGAACAGAGCCAGGGCUCCCCUGCAUCCGAGAGAUCAGAGGCCGCAGCUCAGAAAAGUUCAGGUCGUGUACUACCUCACCCGGAAUGGCCUUCUCGAGCACCCUCAUUUCAUGGAGGUCUCUCUUCUCGCCGAUCGCCAGCUUCGUCUGAGAGAUGUGAUGGAGCGGUUGACCGCACUCAGAGGCAAAGGAAUGCCCUCCAUGUAUUCUUGGUCUUGCAAAAGUUUCUUGAUCUCCUUACGCAGGACCUACAAGAAUGGAUAUGUCUGGAACGACCUGUCGGAGAAUGAAGUCAUCUACCCGGCGGAGGGAGCCGAGUACGUGCUCAAAGGUUCGGAGAUCAUCAGCAGCAGCGGACCAGUCGGCAGAGAACCGGUUCACGUCCAUUCGAAGAGGAUCGCGCCGGCCUCGACGACCCGGAACGAAGAACAGGAAUUGCGCUGCUCGAGGUACGACGAGGGAGUCGGCUUCGAAGUCGACGUGGAAGAGGAGGAAGAGUGUGAGCUGGCCGAUGAAGAGAAGGUCAGCUACACGAGCUCCACCACGCCUGGCUCUCGCUGCUCGCGAGGCGUCUCCACCGACGAGCUCGACGAAGAGCGCGACGACGACAGUGCCAAUAAGCUCCCUCGCGACACACAUGACCCGGACUCGCCUCCGGCUCCGAACUCCACCGUCGCUGAAACCCCCGGAAAGGGCGGCGAGGGGUGUGGCGGCGCCGCGGUUCAUCUCGAGGACGGCGACCCGGCUGCGCCGAGCAGGAGCAGCUCGGUGCUCCUCCAGCUCAUCGCGUGCGGCGGCAACCUGGCCGUCCCCAAGACGAAGACCGCACCACCAUCUAGCGUCCCCAGAAGUGGCAACAAGGACUUGCACAGAGGAGCGCUGUGCAAGAGCGCGACGAAAGCGGCGGCGGAAGCCGAGAGGGACGACGAGGCGGCCAUGAUACGCUGCAUGUCGGAGAACCCGCGGUUCGGGAACUUGCAGAGCGAGGAGAAGGAGUACUUCAGCGGGAGCAUCGUGGAGUCCACGAGCGAGGACCGAGUCGGGGCGGGUCAACUCAAGAAGUCCAACUCGUUUAACGAGGAGAGGAGCUCCAAGGCCGGGGUGGGAGAUGCUGUGAAGGAGGAGAAGAGGGAGGAGAAGUCAUCGGCAAAAGGCAAAUGCAUUCCCCGGAAAAUGUCAAUGUCCUCCAGAACCCAUAGAAAAAUGCUGUAGUUGUUGCCUUUCUAUCACAGUUUUAAUUGGAGAGGAUUGUUGGUAAUUCAGUAAUUACUUUGCAUGCUAAGUGGUGUUUGGUGGGUGGAGAACCCGAUGCAUAUCUUUGGAUGCUUAAUGGUAAUGAUUAAGGCAAGGUCAUUAAGCA